GGGGUUGGGCGUACUUCGGAUAGCAACAUCACUUCACUGGCUCAAAUAGUCACGUCACAACAUCACAAGGUGGGUACACAGCACAAGGUUCUGUUCGAUCAGAACAGAUUUUAAAAUACCGCAAGAGCCCCCAGUGUGAUUUAAGUGGUCCCUGUGUGUACCCAGUUGUUGCCUCAAGUGUUUAGUUACGUCUAGGGGAUUUGUAGAUACCGACUCUGCUGCACACCGUGUUGUACGCAUGCCCCGCUGGUCUCCGCCCGACCCCUCCGAAGCCCUGUCUCCCUUCGUCACAUCAUAUCCCUCCAUUCCCUUCAUCACACCAUCACACAAAGACACGUACAGUGGGAUAAAAUAUAUUCAAACAGGCCGAAAGGGUAAACGUCAAUGAUUGAACAAUGCCUGGAGUCCGUAGAAGCCAAAAAGUAAACAUUGCCAAAAAGGGCGGAUUCAGGCUUGAGAAUACACGGUAUAUGUUACCGUGGUAGUAAAUAAAGGUGGCCGAAAUAGAGUGCUAAAAACACAUAACCGAACAAUAUGCCGAAGCACAAGGUUACCGAAAACAGAAUGACCGAAACAGUGUCAAGACAGUGCCGAACAAGUAUUCGGAACGGAAUGGGCCGAAACAGUGCCGAACAAGUUGCCAAAACAGUGCCAAAAGUAAUCGAAACAGAAUGCCGAAACAGUGCCAAACCAAAAUGGCAGAAUCACCAAAGUGUAGAGCGCUUAUUGGUCGCUCGAUUAUGUACCGAGCUUUUCGGUGGUUUGGGGCGGGUAAAGCUGAGCCUUGGCAUCGGGGGAGUGUUUGUUGGUGGCUCCAUCCGUAGGCCGUAGUCUUGCGCUCUGUAAAAGGAAGAAGUUAAACGGACACGAUAACGCCGUGUAGUUCAUCGGCCCGGUUCACCUCGUACGUACUAUGGACCUGUGGAAAGUGCUAGGGGAAACUGUAAAACCUGUAAAGAAUACUAGGGUAGCUCGGUGAAUAGCCUGGGCCUGUUGUCGCCGGAAUCAGUAUCUGUAAAUAGAGAACGUUAGUGGGGAUGAGGUAUUACCUCACCUUUGGUCGGCACGGCCGACCAAAGGUAAUGCAAUUCACGACUUACAUUGUGGGGUUGCUGGUGGAGCGUACCGCCGAGUCGGAGCACUGCACAGUGUUUCGGACUGCAGAGAGAGUGUCCCCGGUUUGAAGGAGAGCUCUUUUAUAUCCCACCAACAGUCGUUAGUAGCUCUUGCACGCCCGUUUUUAUAAUGACAUUCUAUACAUUAUCGAUUGUUCUCCAGUCCCCCGCUGUUUACGAGCCCACGCGUAUCUCGGUCUAACCUUCACCCGUCUAUCCCUACGCUAUUGUUCCACCACCACACUACGUUAUUUUGUGCUAUUGUCUGCUUCUAAUCUCCUUUACGCAUAUCCACCACCACACAAACAGGUUUCACAUUGUCAUUCGUCUUCCUUUGAUCCUCUGCCAGGGACGGGUUCCUCGCUCCGGCGUGGCGCACGGCUGAAGGUAACGAGUGGUCGGUGCAUCUAAUCUGCAAGGCUGAUCAGUACACACAAUUCCACACAGUUCCGCCGCUCAGCUAGGAGACCGAAGCGAUAUUUUCUCACACAGUCUUGUUUCAGUCUUCACUCUUCAAUUCGUCAUUUGAUAUUGUUAGAAUCGGUAUAACUGUCCCUACCUCAUACAGUAUUCAUUUCAUCACAUGACCAACUCCAGCUUAGUAAUAAAUGUAGCUAAAUAUGCCAUCACUCAUAAGAAAAUUGAAAAAGGAAUACCUAAACCACGCACGGAUUACUAUUACCCAUUGUCAUUGUAUCAUUAACGUAACUAUGCAAAUCCUCCAUAGGAAAUUAAAUACAAAAAUUGCGGCCAUUUAUAUACACUGUGUUACUGUUGCGGCCAACAGUCAAAAUUAUCAGACACUCAGUUUACAUCAUACAAGCCAGUAACAGUAAGCUUCAACUUUAUUGUUUUUGGUUUUUGUUUUCCUAACGCGUCGAAAACGUCCCGUGCAUCAGAAAUGUAGAAAAAGAGUACCACUAAAAUACUGCAUUUUUACACUUCGACAUGUUUUAUCUUCUUCGAACUCCAAUGCAGCAAGCAGUAGGAACAAACAUGUGAGGUUUGAGAAUCGUAACAAAAUAAGGACAAGCUGAAUUUGCGGAUCUACUUGAUAAAUUGUUUUUGGAUCUAAGUAGCAAGCUAAGUAGUUUGUAAGGAAGCUAACACUUCAACGCAUAGCUAUUGCUGGUAUUUGUUAGAAUCUGCAAGAUUGUUGGCAAAGCAUGAAAAAGAAUAAAUGAGGGGUAAUGCGUGUGUCUAUAAAAAAUGAUUUAAGUAGGCUUUUAUUUUUGGUUCCUAAUGCAGUCUUAUGUCCGCAUUGCUUUUACUUUUUGCAGUAAAAGUUAAAGCAGGUACUUUGAAGUUAUUUUUCACCUUUAAGCCAGCUUUUCAGUAAUGCACAAAUUACCUAAACAUCAACGUUUUAUCAAAAAAUUAACUAGAUUUAAUUUUUUAGAAUCAAAGUAUUGUUGAUGCCGUUUCAUUACUUUUGAAAAAGUACUUAUACAUCUCUAGACAAAACAAAUGGCGAAUGAGAACUGCGACGAGCAACGGUGCUGUGCGUCAAUUAUUAUCAAUUGUUUGUGUUUUGGGCUUGUGUGUUGGGCGAUGUCUGUCUCCCAAUUGCAAUGGGUCUGUCCUGUCUGAAUGGGUCGAACUGUCGAUUUUGGGAAGAAGGAGUGCUUAAUGAAGUCAUUUUUGGUGGAUUUUUAACUGUUAUAGUCUGGAUGCCCAAGGACAAUGACGGUUCGCAGAGAAUUGGAAUGAGAAUGCACGUCUGCCCGGCUACUUCAACCUGGGCUUCAAGCUCAAGCUUAGCUGAAUGAGGUGCGAUCAGUAAGUACUGGUCAUGACAGUUGCAGCUGGUGAGGCUGACAUGUCUGUUCAAAACCAUAAUGGUCAAGUGACUGAAGGGAUGUCGGUUGGUUCAAAGCAAGAUGACAACCCCAGGAAUGCAUAUUCAAUACCCGGGAUCUUGCACUACAUCCAACAUGAGUGGGCAAAGUUUGAGCUGGAGAGAUCCAAGUGGGAUGUUGAGAGAGCAGAGCUGGAGGCAAAAAUUGCUUUUCUACAAGGAGAAAGAAAGGGACAAGAAAAUCUCAAGAACGACUUGGUGAGGAGGAUAAAAAUGCUGGAGCACGCCUUGAAACAGGAACGGGCUAGGUAUCACAAGCUCAAAUAUGGUGCUGAGCUCUCACAAGGUGACCUGAAGCCUCCAGUGUUUGAUGAGGGCAGUCAAGAAGACAUCAUGGAGGGCGAUCAAAUGAUCACAGCAAACAGCAAUAUUUCCUGGCGUCAAGGUCGACAGCUUCUAAGGCAGUACUUACAUGAGAUUGGCUACACAGACACUGUGAUUGAUGUGAGAUCAAAUAGGGUGAGAUCCCUGCUAGGACUGAAAGAGAACAAAAAUGGUAGCCCACCACUUGUGAACAGUGAGCCAGUGAUUGCCAAAGGAGAGGGACAGUCAAAAGCAGGAGCACAGAGCAGAGCAGGGCUUUUAUCUGAGGACAUGCUGAGGGAAGCAGAGCAGGCUGUUUUAGAAAACUUUGACUUCUUGAAUGAUGGUGUUGAAGUGGAUGAUGGAGAUGAUGAUGAUGAUGACUGGAAAAGUGAAGAGAUCAACACUGUAAAAGAGGAGAAGAGUGCAGGUGAUGAUGAGUCUGAUGCAUCAAGUAUGGUGAUGGCUUUGAAGUCCCUAGAGUUCAACUUUGGGAACAUUGGCAACAUAGUGAACCCUUGGGAAGACAGUGGUGUGAGAAUGGUGGAUUCAGAACGCCAGCAGCCACAGGCCAGGCAAAGUGCUGGACAGUAUGGUGUUGGUGUGAAUGAUGAAACUCUUGAACAAAUGGGCCUGGGAGAACUUGCCCAGCUGACUGUCUCCAAUGAUGCAGAGGGUAUGUAUGAUGAUGCAGUCGCAAGCAAGGAGUCAUACUCAAAGAUGUGGAAUGCAAAGUACACGCUGAGAUCCCACUUUGAUGGGAUCAGGGCAUUGGCCUUCCAUCCCAUUGAGCCAGUGCUGGUCACAGCCAGUGAGGAUCACACGAUGAAGCUGUGGAACCUGAAGCGCACUAUUCCUGCCAAGAAGUCGGCGUUUCUGGACGUGGAGCCGAUCUACACAUUCCGCGGCCACGUGGGCGCCGUGCUGUGUGUCAGCAUGAACCCGACCGGCGAGCAGUGCUACUCGGGCGGCGUGGACGGCACUGUGCGCGUCUGGAACGUGCCCAACUCCAACAUCGACCCGUACGACGCGUACGACCCGGACGUGCUCAGUCUCACGCUGAGUGGCCACACGGACGCCGUCUGGGGCCUGGCGUUCCACACGCAGAAGCCGCAGCUGCUCUCGUGCUCGGCCGACGGCACCGUGAAGCUGUGGAGUCCCGGCAGCAAGGCGCCACUGCUGCAGUCGUACGCCGCCGAGCCGGCCAUGGGCGUGCCCAGCUCGGUGGACUUUGUGCACGAGGACUGCAGCCACAUGGUGGUGGCCUACACCAGCGGCCGCUGCGCCGUCUACGACCUGGAGACCUCCAAGGUGGUGGUGCAGCUCGAGUCCAACCAGAACGUGGAGGGCGGCGCGGCGCGCGACCAGCUCAACUGCGUCGUCUCGCACCCCACCAUGCCGGUGACGGUGGCCGCCCAUGAGGACCGCCACAUACGAUUCUACGAUAACGUCACCGGCAAGGUGGUGCAGGCGAUGGUGGCGCACCAGGACGCCGUCACCAGCCUGGCCGUCGACCCCAACGGGCUCUACCUGCUCUCUGGCAGCCACGACUGCAGCGUGCGCCUCUGGAACCUGGAGACCAAACAGUGCGUCCAGGAGAUCACCGCGCACCGCAAAAAGAGCGACGAGAGCAUCCACUGUGUCGGCUUCCACCCGACCAAGCCGUACAUUGCGUCCGGCGGCGCCGACGCGCUCGCCAAGGUGUUCGUCUAGGCCGCGCAGAGGCGACGGGCGGCUGUGCGGGACUCGAGGUGACGCCGCCGGACAGUGAGUGAACAGUGGACACGUGCGCCGAGUCAUUGCGAGUGUGUGCGACUGAUGAUUCGUUUCUUCUUAUGUCAGUCCUUGAGCAGGUGAUUUUAAUGAUAGGUUUCGUCCUCCGAUUACCGAUUAUUGACAGUGUGCGAAUUUUAUGAGAAUUCUGAGAUUAUACGACGGUGGUAUUGAUGGUGCGGCGGUGGCCGUCCCGUGGCCCACGACGCUGCCUCGUCAGCUGGACAGAGGUACGUCCUCGCCGCCGAAUCUGGUGAGUUGGGCGCUCUGCGCUGAUUGGUGCAGCCAACUUUUUGGAUCAGUUCGCAGCAGGCGGCUCGUUUUCAUCUUCCGUCGGCGCUGUCGGCUGUACUCACUGCGACUAUUCGGGUAGAAACUGUAGUGCAACCUGCCGACAAAUUGUUUUUUGAUUAUGAUUAUGUGCAUAUUCAACACUCGGUAACGAGCCUAACGUGUUCCGUCUGCGCUCUUGAUUGUGUAAUUAACAGACCGCCCACCGGUGGUGUUACUUGAACCGUUUACUACUGCGCUGAUGGUUCUAAGUUGUAUCUUGAGUUGCACACUUCCUCAAGCAGAGAAAUAAAUGAUUCGAUUUUC